UUCGACUUUAAUUUCAAAAAGGUGAGACCGGAUGCAAGGUUUUCUGGACGCGGUGCUACCUUGACGUAGUGAGUUGUGUUUUUUACGUCCCCGAAAAACUGUAAUAGCGAACUAUUCUCAGAAGACGACAUGGAGGACAGUGCGGAAAGUGCGGCGCCCAAACGGACCAGUUCGGAGCAGAGGAAGCUGCGUUCCCGGGAUGCGGCCCGCUGUAGGCGGAGCAAAGAGACAGAGCUCUUUUACGACCUGGCCCGGACGCUACCCUUCCCCCGGCGGGUCUCCACCCACCUGGACAAAGCCGCCAUCAUGAGGGUCACCCUCAGCUUCCUGCGCAUGCAGCGCCUCCUCCAUCCUGGAGGCGAGAGUCCAAGUUCAUCUGAAGAAAAAGAAGAAGAGGAGAAGGAGGAGGAGGAGGAUGAAGAAGAAGACCCAGCAGACGGGCUGUACGCUCAGGCGCUGGCGGGCUUCAUCGUGGUGAUAUCGGAGGAGGGGGACAUGAUCUACCUGACGGAGAACGUCAGCAAGCACGUCGGCAUGGCUCAGUUGGAGCUGCUGGGUCAGAGCGUCUACGACUUUGUUCAUCCCUGCGACCAGGAAGAGCUCAGGGACAUCCUCGCACUGCGCCCCGGCUGUGGUAAAAAAGUAACUCAAGGUCAGCUCACCCUCAAGAACUUCUUCUUACGGAUGAAGAGCACGCUGACCACCAGGGGGCGUACUGUCAACAUCAAGUCUGCCAGCUGGAAGGUGUUCCACUGCACAGGUCACAUGCGUCCAUUGGGCGACCCGUCGUCCCCUUGUGGCAUGGUGAUGGCGCUGCUGUGUGAGCCUAUCCCUCACCCGUCCAGCGUGGACUUCCCUCUGGACACGCACACCUUCCUCACCCGCCACAGCAUGGACCUGCGCUUCACGCACUGCGAGGGCAGGGUAACGGAGUUGGUGGGGUAUGAGGCGGCCGAUCUUAUCGGUCGCUCAGUGUUCGAGUUCCACCACGCGCUCGACUCGGAUCACGUCAACAAAAGCCUGCACACGCUGCUGGCCAAGGGUCAAGUGAGCACCAGCCCCUACCGCUUCCUGGCGAGGGGCGGCGGCUUCGUGUGGGCAGAGACGCAGGCCACCGUCCUCUACAGCAGCAAAAUGUCACAGCCGGAGGCGGUGGUCUGCCUCAACUUUGUACUCAGCGCUGUUGAGCAGUCAGAUGUCGUUUUGUCCACGGAGCAGCUUUGUGGCGCCGAUAGCCACAAAGAGGAGUCGUCACCUUCAGCCGUGGAGGGCUCUGACCGCCUCGAUAAGGACUCGGGUUCCAGACCGGGCAGCCUGCCGGACGCAGAGACGCCGGACGAGCUUCUCCGGUUGACGCCGGCGGACGGAGACUCCGUCUCUCCGCUGACAGGAGACUUCGUGUCUCUCUCCUUUGUGACGCCGCACAGUCCAGACAGCCUCCCGGAUGACCCUCAGGACCUGUGCACCCCAGAGCUGCGACAGCUGCUCUCGCCCAUCUUCAACCCCAUCACCCCUCCUCCUCCAUCAUCUUCAGAUGUUGACCCCUCACUGCAACCCCAGCCAGUUCAGAGCCAAUGCGAGGAGAACGUACUGGACACCAGCAAGGUGGAGAAGUUUUUCGCCUUUUGCCCAGAAGAUGCCGACAAGGCGCAGGAUCAAGAACAGCUGGUCAUGGAUGGGAUUGAUCUGGACACGCUGGCUCCUUACAUCUCCAUGGAUGACGACUUCCAGCUGACCUUUUUCAGCGGCAUGCCGGAGGACACGAGCGAGCCUCCGUCCUCUUCGCCUGAGGUCCCCACCGUCAACAGGAAACGGGCUUACGACCCGGACGAGGAGGACACACUGUCCAAGCUGAUAACGGGCGACAAGAGACACAAACACGACCCCCCCUCGCUGGAAGAGGAGCUCCUUCUGAGCCACUCGUUACUGGGCUGCCUGGAGGAAACUGGCCAAUCCGAGGUGGGGCCUGGCCCACGGGGGCGGAGUCACCUCCUCACCGACAGAGACCCUGUCUUAGGCGGCAUGAGGGGGCUCUGCGACACAGCUGCCCUGAUGAGGGACAUAUUCAAGUCGCACCCGCCCGACUCGUUCCCGCCUCUGUUGCCCAUGUCUUGACAAAGCGGUUCACCUGUUCCAUCUGCAUGCGCCAACACGCUUGGAUGAAGGACAGCGUGAGGUCAACGGGCACCUGCUGGUGACGUGUGCGUGGACAUCAAGGGGAAGACUUCAUGUGAGCAGCAGGUGGCGCGUGCAAACCCAUGAUGCUCUGCUCUGCUCACUUCAAUCAAACAUAAUUGAAAAAACAGUGGCAUCUUUUUAUACAAUUAAUUUCCUUCCUGUAUUUUUGAAGUUGCCUAGUUGGCGUUCCUUUUACCUUCCUGCAUGUGCCGGCCGGGUGGGGUUGACUUUUUUUUUUCUAACACUCCCUUUAUCGAUGUUUAAAUACUGUACAUGUAGCUUUGUAUGAUGUAAAUUCUUUAGUUAGCAUAGCAUCAGUUAGUUUAUGCAGCUAUAGCAGGAGAAAUAAACAGUGUACGUUUUUUUUUUUACUAUAACUUUGAAGAAAUGAUGCCUGAUCGUGAAUUAUGAGCUUUGACGCUACUUUUAAAUAUUUUAAUGCUUCCAUUUAAAUAAAAGGUGCAAAAGCUCCCUGUGA